GUUACUGUGGCUACAUGCGACUAGGUUUCGAAUUCACCUGUUGUACUUCGACCAGGAAAAGGCAGACAUUGGUCAUUGUUUUCAGUCUGUUAGGUUUUUUUUCCAUGCCCGUGCAUUGCUGCUUCGAAGCACACGAUAAGAGUUUGGCGUGAAGUGGAAAUUAGGUUGAUUAGCCUGGACCUACAUGGACAAAUUAAAAAAAGUUUUGAGUGGACAAGAUGGUACUAAUGACGACAGCAACAUAUUACAGACCGUGAACGAUGCCUCAACCCUGAGCUGGGGCACCCGUGUCAAGGGCUUUGCUAUUUGUUUUGUCCUGGGCGUUCUCUGCUCUGUGCUGGGAACAUGUUUAUUGUGGAUUCCGGGUGCAGGUCUGGCUGUGUUUGCAGUUCUGUACACUGGUGGAAACUUUGCUUCUCUGGCCAGCACAAUGUUCCUGAUGGGUCCACUAAACCAGCUCAAAAGGAUGUGCGAGAAGACUAGAGCACUGGCUACGGCUAUUAUGCUGACAUGUCUCAUACUGACCCUUUGUGCAGCGUUUUGGUGGAAGAACAAUGGCCUUGCUUUGCUCUUCUGCAUUCUCCAGUUCUUGGCCUUUGCCUGGUACGGUUUGUCCUACAUUCCUUUUGCAAGGGAUGCGGUGAUGAAGUUGUUCUCGGCAUGUUUGAACUGAGUUGGGCCUGAACGCGUCGAGUGUUUGGUUGGGCAGGAUGCUGAGGCCCCGAACGUCCCAGGUGCCGAACACGACUCUGAUCGCCGACGCUCCUACCACCUGGCAGGCACACGUACACGUACACACACACACACACACACACACACACACAGUGCCUCUCCUUCACUGCGCGUCUGGACCUAUUCCAGAGGUGUGUUGGUGUUAAAACACAAAGCUUUGCACACACACGCACACACACACACACACACAGUGCCUCUCCUUCACUGCGCAACUGGACCUAUUCCAGAGGUGUGUUGGUGUUAAAACACAAAGCUUUGUACACACACACACACACACACACACACACACACACACACACACACAAACAAACAAACAAACAAACAAACAAACAAACAAACACAUACCUAAGGACACUUAGUGGUGGUCAUCUUACAGCAAGAGGUGCGAGAAGGACACUGUAAGAGUACAGCCAGUCUCAGAUGAAUGCUAGCUGCUAGAAUGUCUGAAACUUACUUAAUGCUACCUGUAUCUCAUUGGGGCUUAGUCAUUUCUGUCCUACAUUUUAUACAUUUUUCACAGACUCGUGGUCUUUGGUCAUUUCUAAUACAUUGUGCUUUUAUAUAUUGUAUAUUUCCAAAAUCUAAAAUCUUCAUUGUAUGAUAAUGAUUUUAUUAUUUCAUUACCAUCUAGUAAUGAAAGGGAAUGUUACUUGGAAUGUAUUUUAUUUCAGAUGAACAUUUCACUUGGCUAGCAGGGCCAAUUAGAACAAUUACUCAGAUCAUCUCAGAUUUGUAACAUCAGUUACAUUUAUUAGAGGUGCAAAGAUAAGCUGAGCUGUUGACUAGACUUUCUUCAUUGUGCUCUUGGUCAUUUACAUUUCUUGGAAAAGUGUGAGUAGUUUGUUAUGACUUGAUCUCCACCCUCCAAGAUUCCAGAUCCAUCAUGUGCAGUUCGGGCAUAAUUGUGUUAUUAUGACCCAAUAAUUUCAGUGUGACUUGAUUAGAAUUAAUUUGUACAUUGUACAUUUUGGUUUUGGUAGAGACCGAAAAGUGGGCUAAACACAUUUCCCUAGAUAUGUACGUGUUCAUAUUUAAGUACAUGGUUAUAAUUAUGUCUGUGUUUAAUCAUGUUAAGCUGAUUAUGAGUGUGUUUUUGUAAUGUGGCAUAAAAUGUUUUUAUUUUGCUAAAAUUGUUUCAAAUAUAAAUAACGACUGAAUUUACUUUUUCUGUCAAAUGCAAAUUGUGUAGAUGUUAGUGUAGGUUUUAUGUACCAUUUUUUAAAAGGCUUUGGUAAUUCAUGAAAGCGUGCAAAGCACAUUUUCCUCUCCUUUCUCAGACAUUAAUAGCCUACCGGUUGUUUUAUGUCUUAAUUGUGACUAGAAUCAAAUAACUAAUUUCUGAGUCCAGAUUGUGAAGGUGAAAGAAGGGGUCCAUAUUUUCCAUAGUUGACAAGGGCUCUAAUAUAUAUUCUUAACUUUAUCCAAGUAAACCUACUUUGUUACACUCGAUGAGAAAUGUAAAUGCGAAUUACUCAGUAUAAUAAAUACUUACUUUGCAAACAA